AUGAGGCAGAUACAUGUACUGCUUUUGAUUGUAGUCGUUAUCGUAACUGUGCUCUAUUUUUACUCGAGGUACACAUUCAAUGAUGUUGAUGUCACUUACGGUCCCGAUUUCCACGUUAGUUCCAGUGGCAGUGGAAACUGAAAAUUUGGCUGUUUCAGCAAGCAAUUCAUGAAGUUCAUAAUAAUCCAAAACUGAAAGUUAUCAAAGAUCCAACAUGGUUCCAUCCUGGGUGAGAACUUUUUUGUCCGAAAACUCUAUGUCAUGUUUUUGAGACCCCGGACCAAGUACCCAGCUCGACAGAACAUGGGAAAUUGUCCCCCGCUCUACGGCAAAGUCCUCAUCUUUGUCGCUUUUGUCAAAAGCAGUAUGGAGACGUGAGUUGACCGUCGGUUUGCCGCAAGUUGACCUACUAAUUGCAUAAACUUCAGGCACUAUAAAGUAGCGCAAGAAUCAUUGCAAUGCUAUUUGAAAGGAACCAACUACUCGGUGGCCAUGAUCGAUCUCGAUAAUGAUGAGCGAGUAAAAACAGAGUGCGGUAAAAACAAGCAGGUUAGGCGCGGUUGACGCACAAAGACAAUGCGAUGAAUUCAGUUGUUUUUCAAAAAGCAUUGCGCGGCGGCUGCUUACCUUCGAGAUGCCGACUGGAUGCUAGUUUUAGAUGCGGACACAGGUACAUCGAGAUUGCAAAAGACAGGAUGAAUUAAAUUGUUCUUUUGUACCUAGGAAUUGCUAAUCCGAAUCAUUGCGUGGAAGAGUGGAUUGAUAAUCGCGUUGAUAUAAUUUUCUACGAGCGCUUCUUCAAUUGGGAGAUUGCCAGUGGAAACUACAUUGUUCGUGAUUAUUUAGAUCGGGAAAAUGUUUUCUUGUUUUCAGGUCCGAAACACUCAGUUCGCCAGGAAUUUUCUCCAAAAAUGGGGAGAGUGGGAGUUCAACCAGCCGAGUAAUUGGAAUGGAGCUGAUAAUGGAGUGCUUCAAGUCAGGACGUUUCAGAAUUUCAAAGAUAAAACGUUGUUUUUUUUCCUUUGCAGAUUCAUCUCCUGAAAACCGUAAUUCCGUACGCAACCCAAGAGGUGGCGAAUUGUGAUAAAUACUGGCACAAUGCGACCGGCUAUGACUCCUAUAUGGCAUACGUCACUUGCUGCAAGUUGGCUCUAGGUAAACAUUGCCGAUAAGGCGGGUCACUUUUAUUUGUGAACUCUCAUUCUCAUUCCUUCCCGUCAUACUUGUGACGUGUUCGUUUUCAAGGUGCGACUCGACUUUGGCCCGGAAAGGUGCGAAUUUACCGGAGAGCUCAUGGAUGGGUCAGAGAUGGUUUUCUGACGACGGAUAGAUUUUGUGAACGGGAUUUCAUGUUCCACGGAUGGAAAAACAAUGUGGUUGGAGACAAAGGAUGGGAGAGUCCGUUCAAAGUAUGCUAACAGAUCACCGGAAGAUUCAAGAAUACAUUGAAAUUCCUUUCAGGCAAACAUAAACGUGACGCUUUGUGGAAACGGUCUCGACGGUUGGGACUAUCGGCAGUUCAAGAACACAACGUGCGACCGGAUUCGAGAUUCAUUAGCGGGAUUUGAGCGGAGUAGCGGAAGGAACUACCCAAAAGAAGGUCGGGUCAUCCCCCACCUUUCGGAACCUGACGUCGGGCUUUGUUUUCCAAACUGUGAUGAUGACGUCUAA